CAAACUAGCCUCUAGAGAUCUCAUUAGAAGCUGUCUUGUGCCUCAAUUAACCUUCGUCAUGGCCUCAGCUCAGUGCUACAAACCAAUUGAGCAAUCAUGCAACCAAGGACACCAUUCAAGCUCAUUGGACCAGAAAGCGUCCGGGGUGGCUAGCUGGGCGUUCAAGUCGUCCAGUGAAACCAACAAUCACGCAACUCACGGCACACACACUCAAACUCAAUGCUAUGCUAAAACCCAGGCCAACUGGACAGACCAGGGAAUGGCCAAAACCCAGACUCCUCACUGCUAUAGCCAAACCCAAAUUCACAAUUCAAACCAGGUGUCCCACGGCCAUGGCGGCUAUGGCCAUGGCCAUGGCCUAACACACACUCACUCCGUGGACCAAAACAAGGUCCAUGGCUGUGGCCAAACCCAGACAAUGUGCACUGACCAAAACAAGGCCCAUGGCUACUGCCAGACUCAGACUCAGACUCAGACUCAUGCAACCAAUGGCAUGGCAACAUGCCAAGGAAGGAGCAAGAAGAGGGGUGAGCAGAAGAAGAGAGGUAUGUUCCAGAGGAUCAAGGAGGGCAUUGCUGGUGAUAGUAGCAGCAGCGAGAGCGACAGCGAUGAUGAAAACUGUGGAAAAAGAAAGAACUAAGUGUAUGAGCAGUUCUGGGAUAUCAAAUCAAAUGAAACUUCCUCCCAUGAACUCUAUCUAUCAAAUAAUUUAGUAUGAAGAAAUAAAUAUGUACCCAUGACCA